AUGCUUCUCCGGCUACUUCCUACACCUUCCCCUUCUCAGCCCACCCCUCCCACCAUCCUCUUCACCCUCCCUUUGCCAAACUCGCCUUACACCUCAAGGGCACUUCCUCUCCCACCAAACCUCCUCGCUCACCGAUCCCUCUGUCUCCAAGAGGACAUUGAGUGCGGUAACGUGCUUCUGGGCGACAAGGCGACCUGGAUUUCUGGCAUCGUCGACAAUGUGACCUUCUCUCUUCCCCACUCGACAAUCCUUGUCCACCUUGUCGACGGCCGUACACUCAAUCUCGACCUCUCGGACGAGUGCGUCGCCACUCUCCACCGCGUCGUCCGCGAGGUCCAGCUCAGCUUUGCUGCUGCUGCGGCGCCCCCUCCCACGCCGCCACCAGCUGCAUCGCCGGCCGCGUCCCCCCGCUCCAGCAUGUCCUCUGAGCGCAGUGCUUGCUCGGGUACCCUCUCGCCUGCAUCCGCGGCUGGUAGGCGAACUCCUGGAGCUCUGCUGUUCUCGCUCCUCUCGCCCCUCCUCCCUACCUCGCCCCGCGCGCAGACCCCAGCUCAUGUCGCUGCCCACCAGCAGCCCGCUCGGGCCCACCGUCGUCAGGCGCGUUCCCUCUUAGUCGACGCGUACCGUCGCUAUGUCCUUCCCACGCUCAAGGAGCGUCUCCCCACCCACUACCUUGUAUGGGCGAUCCAGAGCGAAGCCGGGUCCAAGAUGGACGAGUUUGUCACUCUCCGUGACGACAUCUGCCACAUGCUCUCCGAGAUGGGUAUCGAAUUUGACCCUACCGCCGAGUGCUCGUUCUCGCGAUCAGUCACCCCCCGCUCGCCCUCCAUCUCGACUGCCGCUUCCAGCUCCGAGUUUGGUGAUGCGACCUCAAACAACGACGAGGAUUCGGACCCUUCCUCUCCCACCGGCUUUCUUCUCCGCAUUCCUCCCGCACACACGGUUCCCUUGCGCCACCGAUCUGCGUACUCGCAGCAAGUCACCCGUGUCUCGGAGCUCGCUGGCCGCGUGGGCAGCAUCACUCAACUUGCCUCGCGCUACGAGUGUGAGGAGAACAAGCGCAAGUGGCUCGACCAACUCGACCUCCAGCGCGACGCCGAGAAGGCUGUCCGCCGUGCGUUCUCCAACCGCCUCCUACCAGCCACCGACGCGCGCUCUGCUGUGCCAGUCCGUCGCUCCUCGCUCAGCCAGAGCGUCACUGCCCAGGACAUUGAAAGGGCAGCCAGGCAGCCCAUUGGCCUUGGUCUCGCCCACAUCCCCGAGGACGACUACGCCAUCUGCAGCGACUCUGACAUGGAGAGCCUCCCAGAGCCCGAGCUCAGUGACGACCGCUCCAGUGCGUUUGCGUCACCAGAGCCCCAAACCCCGACGUACGAAUGCGACGACGCCCCGCCUUUGGUGCCAUCGCACUCGGACGACUCGCUAAGCGACCGCGACGACUGGGACCGCGAGGCAGCUCCCUCGCCCGAGCCAGAGUUCGACUCCCGCAAGGUGCACGCCGUCUCUACCAAUGCCAAGCUUCCUGAAGCUCCAACGUCCUUCGUUGCCCUCCCUUGGUCAGCUCUUGACGUGUUCUAA